UUCAGUUGACUUCCUCAGCGGGACGGAGAGCAUGGCGGCGGCUGCUGCCUGCGGCCAGCACAGCGCUGCGAUCACGGCCGCUGUUAGCGGCAAAAAGACGCAUAGUAACCGGGAACACACUCGGAGGAACCGGGAGAACUCACGUCGGAGACAAGCCGCUCUUUUAUUUCUUAGUAAUAUCUCCCUGGACGGACGGCCGGUCCAGAGUAAUCCAGCCGAGCACGGAGGAAGCCGCCACCACAGAGAGACCGAUUUGGAGGGAGCGGACUCCGGCUCUGCGGCGGUGGCGGCCGGGUUAUCCCCGGAGCCGGGGAACAACAGCGGCUACGGGACAUUCUCCAGCUUGUCCGCUAACGUGAGCGGGAAUCCCUCCCCGGCACCGAGGACAGGACUCCUCAACAUACCGCCUAUCCUCGUCCUGCCCUCGGACGCGAGUUUCGACGACGUGGGGAGCGCGGAGCUGCUGCUGGGCUGCCGCAGAGGCUCCUUCCCUUCGCCGGGGAACAGUAACCUGCUCUCGCCGUCCCCGUCUAACGCUAGCCUGCUACCGUCGCCGCUGGGACCGCGGAAGUCUUCCACACUGCUGUCGGUUCAGAGCUGUAACUCGGUGUCCUCAGAGCCGCGACAAAGGACUCGGAACCUGUCUGGCGGCUCUCCCAGACCUCGACACACCAAGAAGAUCCACUUCAUCAAAAACAUGAAGCAGUACGACACAAGAGGCAGCAGGAUCGUGUUGAUCUGUGCAAAGAGAUCUCUGUGUGCUGCCUUCUCUGUUCUGCCCUACGGAGAAAGCUUCUACCUCAGUGACCCCACAUUAAACCACCCCAGGAGGAGGCACUCGUCCGGAAACAUCUCCACCACCCUGGAGAUGCUGCCGGGGCUGGAGGGCUUUCAACUGGACACCUACGGCAGGUCGGUGUCCUACGCACAAUUCCUGUAUCCCACCAACGCCCUGGUGAGGCAGAAGCCGUCGUCGACCAGCGACUUGUCGUUGCAGAUUCCCGUUUCCAGGAGCACGCACAGCAUGCCGGGCAGGAGCUGCCCCCCCAGCAGACUGAACAGCACUGUGGGACUGGACCUGGGUCUCGAGGAUGUGACGGACUACGACCCAAAUAUCCUCAGUGACCCCCAGUGGCCUUGUGGGAAACACAAGCGUGUGCUGAUCUUUGCCUCCUACAUGACGACAGUAAUAGAAUACGUCAAACCGUCUGAUCUGAAGAAAGACAUGAACGAGACAUUUAAGGAGAAGUUUCCUCACAUUAAACUCACCCUCAGCAAGAUACGCAGUCUGAAGAGAGAGAUGAGAAUCGUUGGGGAGGAUUGCGGCAUGCAGCCCGUCACCAUCGCGAUGGCGUUUGUUUACUUUGAGAAGCUGGUGCUGCAGGGUCGACUCAACAAACAGAACAGGAAGUUGGUGUCAGCUGCCUGCAUCCUACUGGCUGCUAAGAUCAGCAGUGACCUCAAGAAACAGGAGGUCAAACACCUCAUCGAUAAACUGGAGGAGCGCUUCAGGAUCAGCAGGAGGGAGCUGAUUUCGUUUGAGUUCACCAUCCUGGUCGCCCUGGAGAUGGCGCUCUACCUCCCUGAGAGUAAAGUCAUGCCACAUUACAGGAGGCUGGUGCAGCAGCAGCAGUCGUAGCAGCGACACACUGACUCCCAGCACCCUCCAGCUCCACACUGUGACGGACGGCUCCUCCUGAUGCCUGGCUCAGAGGCACCGAGGCACUGCCUGCUCACGCCGCAGACACCAAAGCUCAUCCACGCUGUGACGGCAGUACGACAGCAGGCCUGGCUGAACGGCGCAGAGAGCAACAUCGCCUUCUCUCCUCCCCCAAACACCAAAGUGACAACACACUGUGACUGACGGUUCAGCAGCAGGAUCGGUGCCUGGCUCAGCGGCACUGAAUCAUAAGGUCAAAUUCACAACGCUCAAAAUCACAGCUUUCUUUUGGUGUUUUUGUUUGGUUUUCACACAUUUGGCUCUCUUCCUGUUGGUUUAUCAAAGAGUUCCUUCACCAGCUCCUCUGCAGAGAUUUUAAUCAUUCAGCUGUUGAUCACGACUCGAUUGCUGAUUGAAACUUGCACGACAGAUUGAGGUUAUUUUGGUUAAAUUUGAGUUUUGAGUUUUAAAAUCUGUGCAGUUGAUCAGGUGAGAUACAUCCUGGCCCAAAAAACGACCCUGCAGCUGUUCAUCUUUCAAAGGAUAACGUCACCAUUUUUCAGUGCGGAAAGAAAUUUAGUUCCAAAAAAAUCUAAAGAGAAGUUUUCAAAGACGUUUUUUAACUUGAAGGUACAGCUCGGGUUUUUUGACGUUGGGCGGUAUCUGGUGCUUAUCCACUGUCUUUGUACAGCGUACAGUAGACGUCAGUCGGCACGACCCCAGUUUGGAGAAAGCAAUCUCCUGCUGUGGUCGUGGUCAGCAACAAAAUGUUUUUUAGCCUCCUUAAAAAACAUCCACCUAAACACAAAUCAGUAUCAGCUGAAGUAUACCCUAUAUUGAGAAACAAAGAGUUUCCUCUUUGAGGACAAAUAAACUGUUUUCAGGACUUUGUCUUUUCACCAGACAGUCUGUUUCGAUGGGGAAACCUUUUAUGGAUUCAGUUUUUCAUCUACUCUCUCGUCAAAGCCACAGACUCCAUUAAGAAAAUAAUAAUUUUAUCUUGUCAAACACAGGAGCUGCUGGUCCUCUGCUGCUUAGGGGCGGGUGAUAUAUCGAAUGUACUCGAGGUAUCGCGGCUUGUUCCACGUGUGAUAUUUAAAAUUACUAUAUUGCGAACAUGCAGUAUAAAUUGUUACUUCAGAAUUAUGAGCCACCAGCUUUUUGGGUUCUCCUGCUUUCUCCUACGGCUCUCUGCCACUCGCAGACACACACAAAGCGGGGCUUUUGCAGAGCUCCAGACCGUGAAUAUUUAGUUACAUUUUGUGACCAUGGGGCACUACUGCGAUUUGUAAAUACUGUACUGUGAACUGGAGAGUUUAACAGCACUGCAGUAACAGUCUAACUUAAUGAGUGGUUGUGGCGAUAGUGCGAGCAGGUGAGGCGUGUUUUCGUAUCUGCAGAGCUCCAAUCGUGACUAUUUAGUCACAUGUUGCAACUACGGAAGUAAUAUACGAGCUGUAGAGCUGUUGGUUUGUUGCCUGCUCACAGUGAAUGAAUCCUCAUAGUUAAAAGCGCCGCCGCAUCUGUUUAACUGUCUGCUAACAUCCAGCUGUUGACUGGAAGUUUCAAGUUCACAGCGAAAACAUCGACACUUCCAGCCUGAGACGAGCCAGGUCCUUCAAAAUAAAAGCACCAUGGGUCCCGCUUUGAUUUAAAGAUAAAAAUACUUUUAUAUUAUUUUUUUUGGCAUGUUUAAGCCUUUGUUAGGUAGGCCAGAUGAGUGUGAAAGGGGGAAAGAGUGGGGAUAACAUGCAGCAAAGGGCCUCCUGCGGGAGUCGAACCCGAGGCUGCUGCAGCAACACUGACUUUGUUCAUGGGGCGCCUGCUUUAUCCACUCAGCCACCAACGCCUCAAUG